GUCUGAGUGAGUCUGAGAGAACCGGUGGGCAGGAGAGAGACUUGGGACGACUGCAGAAAACACUGGUUUAAAAAUACUCCCUCUGUUGCCAGAAAUAGACUCGGCUUUGGACGAGUUAAUCGAGUUUGGAGCGCCUUUUUUCGCUGAGCACUUUUUGGCCAAACUUUGUUGGGAACAACCAAAACAACAGCGAAAGGAGAAAAAGCAAGCAGCGCGAUUUUUUUCCCUCCCACUCUGUCAUCUUAAAUAAGGGAACUGAAACGAAGGCUUUGCUCUCAUCUGUGGAUAAUCACACUUUAAGCAUCACACGGAGUCACAAAACUUUUUCUUUGCGCACAACUUCGGAUCUUUGCGCAGCUGAGAUGCGGUGAUGGAGUCCGGGGAUGUUUCCAAGAUGACUUCUCCUCUUAAGAAGCGGAUUUUCAGAGGUGAUCUCCUCACAGCUAACACAAUGAGCGGCUCUAAAUGGUUGUUUGUGAUCCUGCUCGUCAUUUUUUGCGCUUGGAGGCCAGUCAUCGCCGGCUCGCUCACAGAUUUGGAGUUUGAACGGAGUCCCAAUACCAUCAUCUCUUCACUGGGCAAACCUGUUACGAUGCAAUGCACCCUGAAGGGCACAGGGGGCGAGGAGGAAGACCCCCCUGAUGUGCUCUGGCUGAGAGACGGUGUGCCACUUCAGUAUGCAGACACCAACCAGUUCCAAGUCCACACUGGCAGCAACAGUUGGACGAUUAUGAGCACGCUCAGUAUUGAGAAGGUCCAGCUUCCCGACAUGGGCUCCUAUCGAUGUGCUGUUCUGUCAGAAAGCCACCAGAUGAUGUCUGAGGAGGGGAGCAUUCAGCUGGAGGGCCUUCCUCAUUUCUCUGUGGAGCCGCAGCACAUGUCUGUUGUGGCCAACAUAUCCCUGAGCCUGAGGUGUGUGGCCCACGGACCUCCAGAGCCAGUCAGGGUCAUCUGGCUGCAGGACGGAGCUCCUCUCAACUCCCUGACAGACCCGGUGGCCCUGUCGCCCUCUACACUCAACCUCACAGGUUUGAACAGAACCAGCACUUUUUCUUGUGAGGCUCAUAACCGCAAAGGAGUGGCCACGUCAGGAUCUGGGACCAUCACGGUUCUCCCAUCGCAGCCUAAGAAUGUGAGCACUGUGGAAAUCACAUCAACCAGCCUCCGUUUAUCGUGGCAGCCUGGUUUUGGAGGCGACUACCCGAUCAUCCGUUGCUCUGUUCAGGCCAAACAUUCAGGAGACUCCUUCAGUGCCGGCCCAGAUCAUUUGAUCCACAACCAGAAUGUGAACAUCCCACCAGCCACAUACCUCAUCGGGGACCUGGAGCCCCACAGCCUGUAUGCUGUCCGGGUGGCCUGUCAUAGCAGCCAGGGCCCUUCGGACUGGUCGCACUGGGUGGAGCUACGCACCAAAGAAGGAGUGCCAGAAAACCCACCUGUUAACGUGAGCGCGGUGCUGAACGGGACCGAGGUGCUGAUGACGUGGGAGGGACCUCCAGGGAAGCUGAACGGAGAACUGCAGGGCUACAUGGUGGAGUACAGCACGCCGGCUGCACAGCAGUUUGUUGUGGACACUGGAUUGGACACUGAGCUGUCAAUCAAUCUGUCUGUCCCCCUGUCUAAUGUGACCUUUCGAGUGUGUGCUUAUACAGGGGCGGGGCAGGGACCCUGGACCCCAACACAGACCCUGACACUUACAGCGACUGAAAUGGAAGGAUUCAGAGGCCCGUCAUUGCCCCCGGCCUUUUCCUGGCACUGGUGGUAUGUGGUGAUGGCGAUCGCCGGCGCCGUGUCCAUUGCUGUGCUCAUGGCUGUUUACGUGGCCAAGCUGAGGCGCAAGGAGACGCGCUUUGGAGAGGCAUUUGAACCCAUGAUGGAGAGCGGGGAGCUGGUGGUCAGGUACCGCGCUCGCCGCACGUACAGCCGCAGAACCACAGAGGCAACAUUGAACAGCCUGGGCAUCAGCGACGAGCUGAAGCAGAAACUCCAAGAUGUGAUGGUGGACAGACAUAAACUCACCUUGGGAAAGACCCUGGGAGAAGGGGAGUUUGGCUCUGUGAUGGAAGGGCUGCUGACUCAGGAGGAGUCUGUUCUCAAAGUUGCUGUCAAGACGAUGAAGAUCGCCAUCUGUACCCGCUCAGAGAUGGAAGAUUUUCUGCGAGAGGCCGCCUGCAUGAAAGAGUUUGACCACCCCAACGUCAUGAGGCUUCUAGGUGUGUGUCUGCAGACUGUAGAGAGUGAAGGUUACCCCUCCCCCGUGGUCAUCCUGCCCUACAUGAAACACGGAGACCUGCACAGCUAUCUGCUGUACUCCAGGCUGGGAGACUGUCCUGUGUACCUCCCGUCUCAAAUGCUGGUGAAAUUCAUGACCGAUAUUGCCCGAGGGAUGGAGUACCUCAGCAGCAAGAACUUCAUCCACAGAGACCUCGCCGCUCGCAACUGCAUGCUGAAUGAGAACAUGAAUGUUUGUGUGGCCGACUUCGGCCUCUCAAAGAAGAUCUACAACGGAGACUACUACAGGCAGGGCCGCAUCUCAAAGAUGCCCGUCAAAUGGAUCGCUAUUGAAAGCUUGGCUGAUCGUGUCUACACCACCAAGAGUGACGUGUGGUCGUUUGGAGUCACCAUGUGGGAGAUCGCCACGCGGGGCCAGACUCCGUACCCUGGGGUGGAGAACAGUGAGAUUUAUGAUUACUUGAGACAAGGGAACCGUCUCAAACAGCCUCCAGACUGUCUGGACAGCAUCUACGCCCUGAUGUUCUCCUGCUGGCUGCUGAGCCCGAAGGACCGCCCAUCAUUUGAGUCGCUGCGCUGUGAGCUGGAAAAGGCCCUCGAGGAUCUGCCGGACACCCAGGACCCAGACGAGAUCCUGUAUGUUAACAUGGACGAGUCUUCCAUGGAGCUCGGGGCCGUUGGUGGCCGUGACCCCAUUGGGGGGCCGUCCCCACUCUGCCUCAAGGGUCUGGACUCUGUUACCACUGUGGAGGUCCACCACCCCAACCGCUAUGUCCUCUGUCCCCAACACGAGACCAACCGAGCCCUCUCCGACUCCCUGGAGAGCCUGGACAUGCCGGUGUCAUCCUCCACAGCCACACUGCCUCUACAACCGUCCUGCCACUCCACUCCCAACCCCACCCCGGCCCCCACCCCCACUGUCGAGCUGCUGGAGGACAGGGAGGGGUCCCGGAAAAUGCCCUGGCAGUGAUGUGGCAGUGAUGGCUUCACUCC